CAACAGUCAAAUACUGGACGAAGCAUGAUUUUCACGGCUGUUUUUAUGUUUUCCAUCGAUGUUUACCUUUAUUUUUUGGUGGUUGAUUACUAUCAAAAAUAUUGAGAAUAAUUGAAGAUUGUAUUAUACUAUCCAUAAUUAAUCAUCAGUAAAAAUGUCUGUGCAUUGGAGUUCAGAAUUAAUGAAAUGGGAGUACCGCGAUCUUCAAGCUACUGCGAUGUCGGUGGAUUUCUCAGGAAAUAAUGUUCUGCUAGCAGGAAGGCGAUGGCUAGCCAUUAAACAGAUCAGCUUAGAAGAUGACGGCGGUGACAUAGUGAAGAAGUACCCGCGGCACAGCAAAUAUGACGCCGCAGGGGCGGAAUGGUGUCAGUCCUAUCAUGGUCAAAAGCUCUGUGCUAUUGCGAGCAACCAGAGAGUUGAUGUGUAUGAGUGGCGUGCUGGCAAUGACCUGACUUGUAUAUGUUCUCUCCGAGGACAUACUCGUGUUGUUAGUGACACCCAUUUUCAUAGACAAGAUCAUAAUUUAAUAGCUACCUGCUCUAUUGAUACAUUUACUCAUUUAUGGGAUUUACGAGAUGCUAGAAAACCUGUUGUAUCUCUUUGUGCAGUGGCUGGUGCAUCUCAAGUGCAAUGGAAUAAAGUGGCUACACAUAUUGUAGCCACAGCACAUGAUGGAGAUAUAAAAAUCUGGGACUACCGUAAGCACACGGCACCCAUACAUUACAUAUCGGCUCAUCUGUGCAAGAUACAUGGAGUAGACUGGAGUCCCCAUCAUGAGUAUCAGUUAGUCACUUCUAGCCAUGAUGGUAGCAUCAAAUAUUUUGACAUAAACAAUGGAAGACGUCCAGAAAAUAUUAUCAUGACAAAUUUCCCUGUAUGGAGAGCUAUUUACACUCCGUUUGGUAGUGGGCUGUUGACAAUUGGAGUGGGAUGGGGAGGAUUGCCAAGAGCUGAACAAGCCGGGGUGAUUGGGAUAUGGGUAGGAGGGUCUUUGACUCAUAGGCUAGUUGGCCACACAGAUACUGUACAGACCAUGGUGUGGCGACCGAACACUUCACCAGCUAAUUACCAGUUGGUUACUUGGGGAAGAGAUCAAACUUUGAGACUAUGGGCAAUGCACCCAUCGUUAUUGAAAAUGUGUAAUCAUUACCUGCCCGAUGAUGAUGAUCAUGAUGAAGAUAACAACAGUGACUCUACAAGUUAUUCCUCCAUAGUUGGCUCUAUGAAUGAUGUGUCACUCGAUAAUAAAGGUCAAGACAUUCAAAUGAACAAGCUUUCCAAUAAGUCCAUGACGUCAAUAGAUGAAGAAUUUGAGUCAAUUCGAGAGAUGGCUAACAUUGAAGUGACAGACAUGAACAUUGAGACACGAACAUGUCAGAUUCAUUCAGAGCGCAACGGGUACACUGCCAACUUGCAAGUGGUGUUCCCCAGAAAUGUUAUGGAACAAACUAUACCGAAAUUCUCUUGGCUGUCUGGUACAAAUGUUGAUAGUGCUACUACUAUAAAAAUUCUUCAGGCCAUUAAUAAAACUGCUUACAAAAAGAAGAAAGAAGGCCACAGAUGUCUGUUACAUUGCCUGAAAACAUUGGCAACGUCAGUUGAUGAGAUACCCGUAAAGUCAAAUGAUGACACAGACUCAAUGAAAUCGAGCCAGAGAAGUCAAUCGGAAAGUGAAAACGCGGGAGACUCGUGCAUCCCUUUCCCUCGCACUUGCGGCGCUAAAUGGUGCGGAGUGAGCACGUUAGUCGUAUUCAAUCGACCGCCAAAUGCUAGAAGAUUAUCGUUGAAACAGGAGACGGGUACACCCCGGUCUAUGUCCUCAUUGUCUCUGGCGCCAACUAUUUUUGGAACUGGAUACAGUUCAGUCUCGCCUCAUGCCACAACCACUCCUUCGCCGACUAACGCUCCGGGAUUUCCGCAGUUGCACCAUAGACAUGCGUCAAAUUCUAUAACAACCUUCUACUUUCAGGAUAGAUGGAAGGCGCAAGGUCGCCGCGCCGGCAGCAUGCGCAGCCGCGGCAGCAUCUCUGGCUGCGGCGCGCCGCGCGUGCUGCUGUACUCCGCCGCCAACCUGUUCCCGCUGCGGCAGGACCUCGCUGAGAAGUACGUCAUCGAUGCUGACGAUCCCGUCGAAAUGUGCGAGAAGAACGCCAAGAUAGCAUUGGAAGAAGAGGAAUGCGAGUUGUCCCAAGCGUGGGCGCUGGCGGCGCUGGUGGCGCGGUCGUUGAAGGCUCGCGUGGUGGACCACCUGGCCUCGAGCGAGGAAACCAUGGGCUGGAUCGGCCACCCCCUCUGUUGCAACCUGCUGCAGUCGUUAAUUUCCCACUACGCAAAAUGUUCAGACCUACAAACGGCGGCCAUGCUGGCGUGCGCUUUCUCAGUAUUCAACGACACCAGCAACUCCAGCUCGCAGUCCACGAUAAGCACUUCUAGUUGUGGAAAUGGCACAUCGCCAUACAGCACCGUGAACCAAUAUAGCGAAAUAAGCGCCGACGGCUGGACCCUGCCCAUCGUACUGCGAAGCAACUCCUGUUCAGAAGCGGAGAACUUCUACACCGACUCCACCGUGUCCAAGUCUGAGAAAACCACGUCAUGUGUGUUGGACGAGGCGACCGUCCAUCUGUACCACUGCUUCAAGAGGGUGUAUGCUGAUAUAUUGCUGCGGUGGCAGCUGAUAUAUAAGAAGACUGAAGUGUUGAAGCUAGUCCGCUGCAAGCAGUCAGACGGCAGCUGGACGGGCCCGGAGCUGGGCGCGGAGUGCGCUCGCUGCGGCCGCGUGCAGACGGGCGCGGUGUGCGCGCAGUGCCGCACGCUGGCGCUGCGCUGCGCCGUGUGCGCGCUCGGCGUGCGCGGCCUCGCCGCCGCCUGCUCCUACUGCGGUCACGCCGGACACGCGCGACACAUGAUGGACUGGUUUACAAAACGUGAUACCUGCCCGACUGGUUGUGGAUGCAAAUGCAGUAUAGAAGGCACUACCGUGUGGAAGGGGUCCAAAUAUGUGUAAAGGUAGUCAUAAUAAUUUUAAUAGACACUGUGCCUAAAACGGACUUUUGUGUAAUUCGACAAUAGUCAGGUGGCCGACUUUGUAUAUGUCUUCUAAAUAACUAGAUGCGGUAAAUCUCGUCUCGACUAAAAACAAUAUUCCUGAAAGCAUUCGCGCCAAAAUUACUUACUGAAUACUACUGAGUCUAGUUCUUGCACUCCAAAUCUCUUCACAUAUUAUAAUCGGACAUCGUACUUUUUUAGCAAAACAACUUAUACGGGUCGAUUAAUUUGAAAGACAUAUUUAUAUUGUUAUUUUUUAAAUAUUUUUAAACAAAAUAUGUAAUUUUAAGUGUAUUUAUAAAUAAUUAUCCCAAGACAUAAUUUUAUAUAGUGUCAUUGAUAAAUAUAAUAAGCAUUGACUGCCAUUAUUUGUAAAUUUUAAUAAAUAAGUACACACUUUUCAAAUACUUAAAA